AUGGCGCGAGUCCUUCUGCUGCUGCUUGGGGUGGCCCUGGCGGAUGAUUGCCCCAAGGGUGGAUGCAAGACGAAGGACCACUGGCUCUUGCAAAAGAAGAUCACGGCCUCGAAGGCGAGGAGUGCGGAUGCUCCGGAUGCCACAGCCGAUGGCUACUGCUCCGUGAACUUUCAAACUAUCUGGAGCCAUGGUAGUGAUCAACUGACGGAGUGCCAGGGAGAUUGUGAUCGUGACAGCGAUUGUGCUCCUGGCUUGAGCUACAAUCCUGCCUGUGAUGACGACGUACAUGAAGGCCGUGAGCUCGACAGCAGCUAUGGAUCGCACGGUGUGCUGGUGACUGUGACGGCGAUGAAGACUGUCGAGGACGCCUGCGGUGCUUUCAGCGGGAUGCCUUUGAGGAUGCCCGUCUGCGCCGGCGACUGCGAUGGGGAUGAGGACUGCGCGGGUCAUCUUCGCUGCUUUCAGCGCGACGCCCAUGAGUCAGUACCAGGCUGCUCCGGCGUGGGCGAAGAAGGCUUUGACUACUGCUACGACCCGUCGAUCAAUGCGGAGCUGCCUCCUUCGUACGAGCCUCCUUCCUUCGAGCCGCCAGGUGAUGGAGGCGAGUGCCUCUGUGUCUUCGACAUCGACAGGACGCUGACAGGCAAGCAGGGGGUCCAUGGCCGCUGGUCUUCGUGUCCUCACAACGAGAAGGUCCGAGGUGUUUGGGACAGCGCGUACUCCGGUGGCACGCUCACAUUGUCAGAUGCAGGUCAGAACUUGGAGCACACCUUCUGCAAUUCUUGCUACCUUGGCGUGGUCUCUGCAGGCACGGCCAGCGGCCGCAACUCUGAUGAGAGGCGCUACUUGCUGAGGCACGUGCUCAAGAGUCGGCCCUUCAAUCGGCUCCGCGACAGAGUGACUUCAGCAUCCUCGUGGACCGUGGGACAGAUCUGGGUGAACUCUCCAUUGGUCUUAGGCUGGCCUGACAGGAAGAAGCAGAACGCGGUAAAGAAGAUUGUGCAGUGGUACCAAAGGAAAGGGAUCGAUUUGGCAGCCCGGAACGUGCACUUCUUCGGGGAGAUCUCCUGCGCGUCGAGGGACCGCAACAUCGGCAACGGCAUGGUUGGGCUGUGCGGAAAUCGUGAACACCCGGGGCGUGUGGAAGUGCAGGUGCCGUCGCAGGGUUGGUUGACCGAUGACUUCGGCAUGAAGCUUCACAUCCAGCCAAACUACGACGACUUCAGCUGCCGUUGGCGUUUUGGAGUAGAGGCACCUCCGCUGGCAGAGGACGAAGCCGUGAUGGUGCCGUGCUUCACCAACUGCCCGUCUGAGUACAAGGGCACAAAGGACGCGCUAAGCAUGCGGCAGAAGCUGCGCAAUGAUGCGGAGGCGGCCGAGCUGGAAGCCUCCAACGACCGUCUUGCCCGGGCGCUGGCUGAGCUCACCCCCGACGGCAGCGCAUUAAGCCAGGAGGCGCUGGAGGAGCGAGUGCAGGUGGUCAAGGCUGCAGGCAAGUGCUGGAGCGUUGCGGACGACCGAGCAGACCAGCGCACCACCAGCAGUUAG